AUGGUGCUAUUCAAAGUUUCAGUAAAGAUUCUGCAAUUAGAUUUGGUUAACGACAACGAAUUUGGUUCCGCGAAACUCUCUAUUCUGGCACAAGUCGAUAUACGCAAGCAACAUGUGUCAGCUUCCAAUUGUUGCGGAACUAGACAUGGUGCAGGUUCAUCGUCACGACCAGAUUACAAUAGGAUUCCAUCGGAAAAUAAUCAUUAUUCAUCUUCCUACGGAGACCGAAAUGUCGACAGACAUAGUUGGCAAAUUCCAAGUCGACCCACGAGUUCAAACAUAGGUUCAAAUAUAGAAAGACCUAACGUUGGAAGUUACAGUGGUAACUAUGGUGGGAAUGGUGCUUACGCAGGGGAUAGAUAUGGACAAAGACCUAGUUACGGAAGUGAAAGUUCUAACAGACCAGGAUCAAGUUAUAGUUCAGCAGAUGCUGGUGGAUACGGUUAUGGCAAUGGUGGAUAUGGUAGUUAUGGUGGCACACGACCUGGACAUGGUAUCACAGCUACUUUAGAAAAUGGAAAUGAUUUUAAUCCUGACGAACCUGAUAUUCCUGACAACAAUGUCCCACAAUAUCCAGGAACUAAUAUCCAAACUCAAAAGGCCGUGGCUUUAAAAGCAUUAGCCGGUGUCGCUUUGAUCGGCGCAGCCGCGGCUUUAGCUACAAAUCCGGUUCUUUUACCGAUCGGAAUUGUUUCCGGGAGAAGAAAACGUUCUGAAAUUACUUCCGCGGACAACGACAUUAUGGAUUACGUUUUACAAAUGAUAGCGACGAAUUUCUCUCAAACGUAUGAUAAUGGAAGAUUUGAAAAUAGAAAAUAUGUUUCUCCGAAAUGUGUAGCCAGAUUGACAUGCGAAAUACGUAAAGAUUAUAUGAGCGAUAUUAUUGAAGAUAUUAAAGAUCAACACGAUGAGAAAAUUACAAAAAUACAAUUUAACAAAUUAAUUCAAAAUAACGUUCUGAAUGCUGAAACUAUAGAUAAUAGCGUUAAGGAAUUAAUUAAAAUGGCUCUCAUCGUAAGUUCAAAUAGAGGAAACUGUGGAGUAUUCGCUUGUAAUUUCAGACGUAAUAAUUGAUUCAAAUAAUAUAAAAUAAUUUUGUCUUUAAUUAAUCGUUUCGUAAGUUUUUAAUAUAAAUAAAUUUUUAAAAUAAAAUUUGCUUUUUAUUUGGUUUA